AUGAAAUAUUCUGUCGAAGUGCCUAUCAAUGUCUUUGGAAUACUGAAACCUACUGGUUGUAAAUUUCUUCGAAUAGAUAAUCGAUUACCAAUGGAAGAUCUAUAUCAGUUCAUUGUUGAAGAUUGCGACAGACAGAAACCAGCUCUCAUCUUAAGUGUAUAUGGUGGAGCCAAAUAUUUUACUACUACAGAACGACUUGAAAAAGAAAUUAUUAGAGGUGUUAUUCAUGCUGCUACUAUGGCCAAUGCAUGGAUACUUACUGCCGGCAUCGAUAAUGGUAUAUCAAAAUUGGUCGGUGAAGGUAUUUCACAUUAUCGCCUCUUACAAGAAUAUCCGCUCACUGUGAAAUGUAUUGGAAUGACUACGUGGGGUACAAUAAAUGAAGAUACACGUCUUGAACUUAAAAGUUCAUCAAGCAGAUUUCCAACAUCACUAUGUCAACGGCAGAUUCCAGACGAUGCCCAAGAAUAUAAAGAAACAAUUGAAAGAAAUCAUACACAUUGUAUUUUAUUCGAUGGUGGUAAACUGAAUGAAUAUCUCAGUGACGCACAUCGUGAUAAAUUUGUUAUCGCAGCAUGUAAAGAUACACAUAAUGAUCAUAUAUGUUUCCCAGUAACAAUCAUGGUCGAAGGAGGUUUAGGUAGCCUUGAAGUUCUUGAAAAUGAUCUCAAAGCAAAACGACCAAUUGUUCUGAUUCAAGUUCGUAUUAAAUAA